CAAGAAAUAUGAAAAACUGUAAUAAACAAAUCUAAAUAUUUUGUACAUUUGCAUGUUCAGUUUUACCCAGUUGGUUUUCAAUGACAGAGAAAAAGUAUUUCAAUUAACAAAACAGAACAAGAAUUUUCAAGGUGAAAAUGUAUCAAACCAACAUUAGUGCCAACACAUACAUUAUAUUCAUAGUGUUCAGAAUACAUAUUUAAUCAGGGUUUCCUGAAUGUGCCACACUAUUUCAAAAGAGUAUUUUCAAAGGAGGACGUGUCUUGUGUGUUUUUAGAGGAGUUAAGCUUAAUGUUCCCUAGCAGUUCCCUGUUGUUAAAUCAUAUUGUCUUUACAGCAUCCUCACAAUUUAGGUUAAAUUCUAUUAAGAAUUUUUAUUGCUGUGGAUGAAUUACACAGUCAUAAAUCAUAAGUCGGAUCACGCUCCAAAUGAAAAUUGCAGGUGAUCUAUCGUGCAGAGUGAGUCGAAUGUCCUUUGACUUUUUCCUUUGUUUCCUCUUCCUCCACUGGAGGCCACUGUGGUGUUGGUAUCCAUCUAACCAACACAGGGAGGGUUUCUGAUUUGCAGUGGCUUUAAAAAAAGAUUGAAGAUAUGAAAAAUGCAGAAGUAAUGUUGAGGGUUUUACACGGAGAUCUGCAUAUAGGUUCAGUAAUUAGAAAAUUGAUUUAAUUGUCUCCACUCAGUGAAACAGUGACAUUGAGGAAUGAUUGUAAUCUUUUUUUGACAAUAAACAUUGGACUGAUAAAUAUUGUGCUUUCAUUAAUGUCAUAUCUCUCAUACACUGGUAAGCUCUUUGUAAGAGGACAAACACAGCUUCCACUGUGUUAUCCUGUCUGAAACCCAAUACAGGUACAGAAGCAGUCAUCUGAAUUGAUCUCAAGUAAUUGGAGGCUGAGGGAAGAGAAGUCAAUGGACCAUGCAAAACAGAUCUUACCUGUCUGCCAGUAUAAGAACACAAACACCCUGACUACAUCAGGAGAGAAGGAUCACAGCGUGACAGGCACAAGGUCCACUUUAGACCUCUUUAGCUUCGACGGUUCUCAGGAAUGGCAUCAGAGGUGUUUGUCCGUGGGAUGCUCUAUCUCUCCCUGACCAUUGUGGGAAUUCCAGGUAAUGCCACUGUAAUUGUGGCAUUCCUCCUCUUGCUGUACCAGGAGAAGCGACUUUUAGCAGCUGAUGCUAUUCUCUUGCACCUGGCGUGUGUCAACCUGCUGGUGGUGGUUGUACGUGCUUUGACGGAGACCCUGGCCUCCUUCCGUCUGGCCGACAUCUUUGGAGACACAGGCUGUAAAUCAGUGAUCUUUAUCUAUAGAACAACACGUGCCCUCUCAAUCUGGCUCACUUUCCUGCUGAGUACCUAUCAGUGCUUGAGCAUUGCCCCUCCAGGAUCAAGCUGGGCUUCUGUUCGUGCCUUGUUAGGCCACUAUUUGGCCUUUGUGUUCCUCUUCCUUUGGGUUCUCAAUACCUGCAUGACGACAGCAGCCAUACUGUUUUCUUUCAGUACCAAGAACGAAACUAGCCCGAUAGACAAUGGCAUUAAUGUACAAUUCUGCUAUGUGAACUUUCCUUCAAUGUUGUCCAGAGAUGCCAAUGGGGCAGUCCAGGUUGGCAGGGAUGUUGUGCCCAUGGCCCUCAUGACACUCGCAAGUCUGAUUAUCCUGGUAUUCCUUUACAAGCACAGCCAGCAGGUGAAGGGACUCCGCAGUAGUGGUGGCGGUGGUGCCGGAAAUGGUGGAGCUGAACAACGAGCUGCCAAAGCUGUGGUGGCACUUGUGACCUUGUAUGUUGUCUUCUAUGGGGUAGAUAAUGUGCUUUGGGUGUACACCCUCACUGUGAAGAAAACCAUGAGUUCCUCACUGAUCUCUGACCUGCGUAUAUUCUUUGGCUCGCUAUAUGCAGCACUAAGCCCUCUGGUUAUAAUUGCAUCAAACAGGAAGGUGAACAGCAGGCUGGGGUGUGUAGCACAUGAGAAGUCUGCUGUGGAGAAAACCAAAAAUCUUUCUAGCAUGUGAGGCCUGCUGGGAUCAGUUGAUCACUGGGCUGCAAGGGAAGCUGAGAUUAACCUCAGACAGAAUUUUUGAAACUCUGGGUCAUGCAUGGGUUAUUCUGUCUUUGAAAUAUACUGAGUACACUAUUUUCCACAAUUUCCCCAUUUUGCUUAAAAUUUGGGAAUUGUACUGUCUUUUUUCCCAUGUAAUGAAUUUGGUAAUUAUUAAUUCACAACAUGAUGCCUUUUUCUUUUUUAAAGAGACCUUUCAGAUAUGUUUUAAUUCAAAUACCUAAUAGUUCCUUAUUUAUUAUGGCACUAUCAAUCAGAGCAACCCUGUUACUGAGUACAAGUCUGUACAGAUCUCUGCUGAUCUGGCACUAUGUUCUUUUGGUAGUUUAUAUUCCCUCUAUAUUAAUUGGGAGGAAGAAUUAUAUUUGGUUGACAUGAGCUCAAUGUAGCUGCCUAUUUAGCUAUAAUUAAGGCUUUGAAUGUAAUCUGGGAAGUGUCCUGUGCUAAUGAGCCAGGCUAAUUGUCCCACAGAGAAUUGUUUAAAACCUUAUGGAAAAAAACUAUAUUGUUUGGAGAAAAAAAAGAUAUUCAUUAAUCAACAAUGAGUUACUCCGUUCCAUGCACAUCUUAUAAUGUAUGUCUAGGCUUCUUGGGUACAGUUAUAAGACUUUAGGGACACAAAAAUACAUCUUGGCAAAAGCUCAGAGGAGCUUGCUGUGAAAGUGGCAAUGUGGGAGUUUAGGAGUCAUUAUGUAAUUGCUAUGUCUCGGAGAAGUAAGUGUAAAGAGAGAGAGAGAGACAGGGUGAGGACACAGCAACCUCUGUGAGUGACAGUCAAAAAGACAUAAAGUGGGGCUGCCAGCACUCUGUGAUCCUGCAAUAACUCUAAAGUGCAAUCAGUGCAGCGGUAUUCAACUCCUGUCGCAUUGCAGGUAUGAAUGAGGAGGACAAGUCCUCUUUCAGUGCUUGUGCAGAACUGUUGCUUUCACUGUCACGUUGCCUUCAAAGGGCAUUAAAGGCCAUAUCUUUUAUUUAAAAAACAAAAAAACAAAAACCCUGUUAACAUUUAUUGUAAAAGUUGCAACCAUUAAAACCCUUGAUAAUGUGAUUAUAUGACUUAAGCUUC